GAGGCUGCGGACGCCGGCGCACAGGCCAUGGCCUCCCCCGGGCUGCCAGAGCCCCCCGCCGAGGGCUCGCCCUGGCCUCUGCGCCUGCUGCACGCCCCUCCCGGGCUGCUGCGGCUGGACCCCACCGGCGGCGCGCUGUUGCUCCUCAGCCUCGCGGCGCUGCUCGGCUGGAGCUGGCGGUGGCGGCAUCGGGCGCGGGGCAUCCCCCCUGGGCCCACGCCCUGGCCCGUAGUGGGCAACUUCGGCUUCGGGCUGCUGCCUCGGUUCCUCCGACGGAAGAGUUGGCUGCACCGCCAGGCGAGGGCCGCAGGAAUGGAGCCCUCGGCCCUGAACCCGCAGAUGUUCCUGGCCGACCUGGCCCGCGUGUACGGCAACGUCUUCAGCUUCUUCGUUGGCCGCUACCUGGUGGUGGUCCUCAGCGACUUCCACAGCGUGCGCGAGGCGCUGGUGCAGCAGGCCGAGAUCUUUAGCGACCGCCCGCGGGUGCCGCUCGUCUCCCUCGUAACCAAGGAGAAGGGGAUUGUAUUCGCACAUUACGGUCCUGUCUGGAGACAACAGAGGAAGUUCUCGCAUUCAACUCUUCGUCAUUUUGGCUUGGGAAAGCUGAGCUUGGAGCCCAAGAUUAUUGAAGAGUUUAAAUAUGUGAAGGAGGAAAUGCAGAAGCAUGGAGAAGACCCCUUCAACCCUUUCCCCAUUAUCAACAAUGCCGUCUCUAACAUCAUUUGCUCCCUGUGCUUUGGCCAGCGCUUUGACUACACCAAUAGUGAGUUUAAGAAAAUGCUCGGUCUUAUGUCACGAGCCUUAGAAAUCUGUCUGAACACCCAGCUCCUCCUGGUCAACAUAUGCCCCUGGCUUUAUUAUCUUCCCUUUGGACCAUUUAAGGAAUUAAGACAAAUCGAAAAGGAUAUUACCACUUUCCUUAAAAAAAUCAUCAGAGACCAUCGAGAGUCUCUGGAUGUAGAGAACCCUCAGGACUUCAUAGACAUGUACCUUCUCCACGUGGAGGAGGAGAAAAAAAAUAACAGCAAUAGUAGCUUUAAUGAAGAUUACUUAUUUUAUAUCAUUGGUGAUCUCUUCAUUGCUGGAACUGAUACCACAACUAACUCCUUGCUUUGGUGCCUUCUGUAUAUGUCACUGAACCCCGACAUACAAGAAAAGGUUCAGGAAGAAAUUGAAAGGGUCAUUGGUGCUGACAGAGUCCCUUCCCUCACUGACAAGGCCCAGAUGCCCUACACGGAAGCCACCAUCAUGGAGGUCCAGAGGCUGACGGCGGUGGUGCCGCUUGCCAUUCCUCACAUGACCUCGGAGAAAACAGUGCUCCAAGGAUAUAGUAUUCCUAAAGGCACAGUGAUAUUACCCAACUUGUGGUCAGUACACAGAGACCCAGCCACUUGGGAGAAACCAGAUGAUUUCUACCCUAAUCGAUUUCUGGAUGAUCAAGGACAACUUAUUAAAAAAGAAACAUUUAUUCCUUUUGGGAUAGGGAAGCGGGUGUGUAUGGGAGAACAACUGGCCAAGAUGGAAUUAUUUCUGAUGUUUGUGAGCCUAAUGCAGAGUUUCACAUUUGCUUUACCCAAGAAUUCUAAGAAGCCCAUCCUGACUGGAAGAUAUGGUUUAACUCUAGCCCCACACCCAUUUAAUAUAAUCAUUUCAAAGAGAUAACACGUCCAAGAAGAGAAUGUAAAUACAUUUCCUCCUCAGCAGAUUCUUCCUUCUGCAGUUGACGGCAGACCCAGCAACUCAGUGGCCCCAGGUUAGGUUCAGAUGAGAGGGAGACCAGAAUGUGGAUGGAGCUUGCAUCUUGGAAGAUUCCUCAGCAGGACACUUCCGUCACUUUAGUGACGCCCGUCUGUGACUUAGGGGAUGGGGACCCGAGUGCCAGCUCGGGAAGCAGGAGAUCUGGAUUUUAUCCCCCGUGGCUUCCACCAGUGAACAUUCCUCCUCAUCACUCAGUGCCUCAGUCAUUCCGUGUGUCAAAUGAGUUUAAGAAAACGUGCCUUCUCUCCUCUCUCAGCACUAAGGAAGGUCAAAUGCCGCAUGUCUUUCCUGACAUCACCAAAACACUGUUAAGUACUGAAGAAGCCGAAGGAGGACCCACAAGCUCAAGACCUAUGACAGCACGAAAGUGGGGUUCCGACUUGAACACUUUGCCAGAGAAAGAUGUGGGUUUCAGUCAUGACGAGUUAGAGCUUUUCUCUGCACAGAUCCUAUGUUGGUCUUGGGAGGGGGGAGGCUUGUUCUGUAGCUGUUAUCUUUUCAUUUUUGAUGUAGUUUUUUACAUUUUGUAGACACAGACUCAAGUGCCCUUGUCGGGUAUGGAGAGGGGAACCUGUUGUUUGAAUGUGUGUGUCUGUCUUCUGUUUCAACUGCAGCCACAGUGAGGCUUGGCUGAAGAAGAGGCUUCGUGGCUCCGAGUCCCUCUCUGCUGAGCUGCUUGCAGACAUACAGCUCUGCCUUUCCACUUGAGCCCUGAACCAUGAGCUUGGGAAUUCUGAUACUGGGAUUCCUCGGGAAGGAUUCAGGCUAUGGUUCUCUCUCUCUCUCUCUUGCACGGGCUCCGUACGUCUCUCACCUUAGUACCUCGCAGAGACACAGAGGCAUUCUUAAUCUUGUUAAGAGACCUACAUCGUUCCUUAAUAAAGACGGUCCCUUCAGAAGAGCAGUUCUCAAAAAAGGCACUGACCCCUUUCAGGGGGUAUUUGGAAAUGUGUAAGUGCAUCUUCGGUUGUCACAACGAUGAUGGAGCUAUUGGCCUUUUGCUGCGUGCAGCCAGGAUGCUGUGUCUGAGCAGACCUGUACCCAGAGGAAUAAUCCUGCCUACUACUCUGCCAGUAUUUCCCCCAAUGAGGGCAUGCUCCAAAGAAUGACCAGCCCUCUCCUGGAUUCUCCCAUAGUGCUCCUGAUAGAGAAGUAACCACGAUAAUAAGAUGUGCACCCACAGUUUGGAGCCUUCCCUCCUGCGGGCACCAUACUUAGUGCUUGCCUUGUAUGCCUACAUCAUUCUUACAGAAACUCUAUUAAGAAGACAUUAUUUGUAGCUGACAGAGCUGAGCGUCAGAGAAGUGAAGGUACCUAGUUAGAAGGUCCCGUUGUUCAUUUCAGACCUACCAGUCCUCGUGACUGGAGAGUUCUCUCCUUACCACUGCCCUGUAUUGCUGUCAUCUGAUCCCAUGGGAGUCUACUGGGCGUUUUCAGUGCAGAUGGAUGAGGUACAGGCAGAUCUCUAGGUGCCUUGAGGACUUUCGUCAACUAAAAAAAAAACAAAAACAGAAAACCAAACCAAAUAAACUAACUGCCCAGGAAUUGUGAGCAAAUGGAGUGGUUGUCUAGAUUUGUGAUGAGAUGAUGGUGUGUGGUUACACUGUACCUUGAGCAGGACAGUUUGUUCCUCAGCUGGAAUUUUAUAUGUUUUUGCAUUGCCCUAAUAAUUUGGCAUUAGCAAGUUUAUUACUCCUUAAUUUAUACAUACAUUUUCAACAUUCCUAACUGAGCAGUUUGUAGCUUGCUUGAAAAAAACAAACAAACCUGUUCUGUGAGAUUCUGUUGAAAUCAGAUGUUCAUUAAACUCUUCAAUAUAAUGCCUCAGACUGUAGCACUUUAAAAACAUCUUUAUAUGGUAAAUCACUGAAAGGACCGUUAAUGCUGUCCUUGUAUAUGUUGGCAUUUUAUGAUUUUGUACCUUAUGAUUUAUUUGAAGUGUAAAAAUCAUAAUACUUUGUUUUAUAUAUCUUCCUAAUGCCUAAUUUUUAAUCCUCAUCU